AUGGCCCAAAAAUACGAAGAGCCGCCGGCAUACCAAGGCCCCCCACAACCGCCUCAAGCCGCAUACCAAACGAACCCGAACAUGGGCUACCAACAACAGCCCGGUCCCCCCCUAGCGCAACAAGCGGGCUACUACCCGCCUCCGCAACAACAAGGCGGAUACUACCCGCCGCAAGGCCAGUACCCUCCGCAGAGCAGUGAUCGCGGUGGAAGCGGAGCUACCGGGUGUCUUGGGUUCUUGGAGGGGAUUUCGCAAUGA